AUGUUCUCCUGGUUCAUUGACACUAUGAUCUUACCUUGCGAGAACUUCUUGAGAAACAAAGACAUUCUAGAAGAAAUUAAAACCCGAAAAUUCGAUGUUGCAAUCGCUGAGCCCUUCACUGUUUGUAGUUUGGCACUAUUUGAAAUGCUGGGAAUCAAAAAGACUAUACUGGUGUCAUCCUGUACACAUAUAGAUUUGAUAUUGCCCCAUAUUGGAGAGCCAGAGGAUUUUAGUUGA